AGUGGGGUGGGGCACGCCGGGCCGGGCCGGGCGGGGCAAUCGCUGGGCGAUCGCGGGGCAGGCGCCGAGGUGGCCCGGGAGCUGGGGAGACCGCCUCGGGGCUGCUGAGCGGCUCGCGUUCCCCGCGAUGCGGAGGUCGGACCCCGGCAGCUGCUGACCGCUGUGCUCCGGCCUCGGGAAGCGAGGGGCGCCCAUGGCGGAGCCCUGUGAGUGCGGCGGGCGGGCGUCCGCGGGCAGCGGGAGCCCCGAAGAGGAGGACGACGAGGAGCGGGAGCCGCUGCUGCCGCGCGCCGCCGGGGCCCACCCGCGGAGAGCCGCGCCGGGUGGCGCCGUGAGGCUGCAGGAGGCGGCGCGGGGCCAGGACGAGGCCGGCGACGAGGAACCGCUGCUCGCGUGCGGGGACUCCCGGAUUCUGGACGUGGACUCGGACCGGAGCCGCUCUGCGAUCUCAGUAACUUCCAAUUCGUUCUUGGAUGAUCCAGAGUUUGCUGAAAUUAUAGCAAAAGCAGAGCAAGCCAUAGAACUUGGAGUGUUUCCAGAGAGAAUCUCUCAAGGGUCGAGUGGAAGUUACUUUGUGAAGGAUCCUAAGAAGAAAAUUAUUGGGGUGUUUAAACCCAAAUCAGAAGAGCCUUAUGGUCAACUGAAUCCAAAGUGGACCAAGUAUGUCCACAAGGUCUGCUGUCCCUGCUGCUUUGGCAGAGGCUGCCUGCUCUCUAACCAGGGAUUCCUUUCCGAAGCUGGUGCCUACGUGGUAGAUAAAAAGCUUCAUCUGGGCAUUGUACCAAAAACAAAGGUGGUUUGGCUCGUCAGUGAGACAUUUAACUACAAUGCAAUUGACCGUGCAAAAGCAAAAGGCAAAAAGUACGCCUUAGAGAAAGUGCCAAAAGUAGGCAGAAAGUUUCAUCGGAUAGGACUUCCUCCCAAGAUUGGUUCCUUUCAGUUAUUUGUUGAAGGUUACAAGGAGGCUGAAUAUUGGCUUAGGAAAUUUGAAGCUGAUCCUUUGCCUGAGAAUAUUAGAAAACAGUUUCAGUCACAGUUUGAAAGAUUAGUUGUUUUGGAUUACAUCAUCAGAAAUACAGACAGAGGAAAUGAUAAUUGGUUAGUCAAAUAUGAAAACAAGAAAAUUGAUAAUGAGGAAUCCAACUGGAUUGAUGAUAAAGAAUUGCUUAUUAAAAUAGCUGCAAUUGAUAAUGGGCUAGCGUUUCCCUUUAAACAUCCUGAUGAGUGGAGAGCAUAUCCAUUUUACUGGGCUUGGCUUCCUCAAGCAAAAGUUCCUUUUUCUGAAGAAAUAAAAAAUUUGAUUCUACCAUGUAUUUCUGACAUGAACUUCGUGCAAGAUUUGUGUGAAGAUCUUUAUGAACUUUUUAAGACUGACAAAAACUUUGAUAAAGCCACUUUUGAAAGUCAGAUGUCUGUCAUGAGAGGCCAGAUCUUAAACCUCACCCAGGCGCUGCGAGACGGAAAGAGCCCUAUGCAGCUGGUGCAGAUGCCCUGCGUGAACGUGGAGCGCAGCCAGGGGCGCGGGCAGGGCCGCCUCCUCCACCUGACCAGCACUUUCACCCAGACCAUCCACUGCAGGAAGCCCUUUUUCUCCUCCUGGUAGUAGAUGUAAGACAGUCGGCGGCAGCAUUGGUUGUUAAAAUAUUCUAUUUACAUCUGCUCCUGCUGUCAACAGCUCAAGUCAUUGAAGUCUUUAAAAAAAGUUUCCUUUUGAAUGUAAUCAAAAGUUUACAGUUUUUUAACCAAAUAUUAAAUUCCAUUUCAGGGAAGAAAUGAUAUAUCUCUUCUAUUGUAUUUUUGUAGAAAAUUGUAUAGGUUGUUGUUGUUGGUUUAGAAGAAUACACCUCAUUGUAUAUUCAUGCUAGAACUGCCAUUACUGUAGAAUUCCAAAUGGAAAAAUAUAGUUGUUGACUUUGAAAACAGUAACAUUGGGGCUGGGGAUUUAGCUCAGCGGCAUAAGCACCUGCCUUGCAAGCAGGCGGUCAUGAGUUUGAUCCAUAAAAAUGAGAAAGAUAAAAAAAAAAAAAAGAAAACAGUAACAUUUUAUGUAUUUUUUAAAGAUUGGAGAGAGUGUUCAUUUUGACUCUUUUUACAUUGCAUUACAAAAGGCCUUUGAGAGUGGCUGGGUCUGAAGUUACUCUGCUCCUCCCACAGAAGAGUCAAUAGAACUGUAGGAAAGACUAAAGCAAAUUCAAGUUGCCUUAAUUUUAUAAGCUGCUAUGUUAGAACUGGAAUAAGAGAACCUAUAUGGUCAUUAUUGGGGAUCUGAAAAUUAUAUUUUGUUAAGUGACAAAUGACCAUAAUUCUAUUUUAUAAUUUUUUUUAUCUUGUUUUAGUAAAUAAAAUCUAAAGACAUUCCUCCUUUUCUUUAAAAAAAAAAAAAUGGAAGCACUCAUUUUCCUGAGGGGAAUAAUAUAAAAUUGAGGUAGAUCAUCAGUAUUUUCAAAUUAAAAAAAAAAAUCCUUAAAUAGUCCUUUUUAUUUCUUGUAUAGGAUCAAGUAAUUGAGUAGUUACUACUUCAAAAUAAUGAUCUUGUUCAAUUUAGUACUUUAGUAUUAAACUUCACUGAAAAGUGCCUCAAAGUAUAUAUUAGAUUUCAUUUUGGGGUCCUGUGUUUGUAAAUGCAUAAAAAUGUACUCGAAAUUGUAAGAAACAAUGUUAGAUUAUUAGCCCAAUUUGAGGGAAAAAUGAGAGAGGACCAUAAAAUCAGUUCUGUUUGAUUUUGAAAUUUAAUUUUGUACCUUCUUUUGAAUACCAAUAUGUCUCACAUUCUUGGAAUUUGUAGUGCUGUGAAGUCAUGCGUUAUUAAGUUGAGAUGCGCCAACUAUGAAGAUGAGCUUCUGAGAAGAAAACCUUUUAUCUGUUCUUCAGUCUCAAAACCAGUAGCAUCAAUACUCAGACUAAACUGGGCAGGCCCUUGGUAGGCUUGGCCUUUUGUCUUGUGAGUUUACGUGGAGAUUUCUGAAUGAGUUAUUUUUGUAUGACAGGAACAUGGGGCAGCCAGCCCGGGAUCUGAGUCUCUGGCGGCUGCCCUCAGGGAGUCACUGGAAAUCUGUUUUCCACCUUUUCCCACCCUCCAUUAGUUCUCGGGGAGAGAAUGGAAACUUGACUAGAAAUUCAACACUCAACCUGUUACCCUUCAGUAAAUAUUUGUGAUUAAAAUGUGCCUUUCAAAGAUGUAUUCUCAAAGAAAAGAAGUAAGUUGUAAUGUGGGUAUGACUUUGAUAAUAGUUUUUUUCAGUAUUUUUGAGAAUUACUAUAUUAAUUUUUAUAAUAGAAAAUGUAGUAAACUGCUACUGUUUUAUAUGCUAAAGUUAGUGUGAGAAUUUUUUAAGUGUCUGACCAUGCUUGAAAAGUAGAGAUAUUUAAGAUUACAAGUCGAGUACCUUGGCUGUGUUUUGUAAACUUUCAUCAACUUAAUUCUUAUUUAAGUAUUGUUUUUCCAAUGAGUAUAUUUAUAUUGUCAAACAUGGUAGACUAAACAUAAUAAAAAUCAUUGUCUUAAAGCUAAA